AUGACGUUUAUUAAAACCGGUAGCAAACAGAUGUUGCCCCAACAGACACCACCACAGAUGAAACCUCCAAAUACAAGCCAGCAAUAUCAGUCACCGCCUCCACAGACAAUUCAGCAACAACAUACACAACCGUCCCAGUCAGGUCGUCAACAACCUCCACAGACCGUAAAGAAUCAACAGAUGCCGUCUUCGCAAGAAAGUAUGCAACGGAUACUGUCCCAACAAAUAGGGCAGCAAAUAAAACCUCAAAGUAGAGGCCAACAAAAUCAGUCGCAGUCUGCACAGACAAGCCGCCAACAAUCUUCACCGACCGUUCAGCAUCAACAAACGCAACCUUCACAGACAGUCAAUCAGGUAUUUGAAGCAAUAAUACCCUCUUCUCAGACAACAGGUCCACAACAGAUGACGUUUAUUAAAACCGGUAGCAAACAGAUGUUGCCCCAACAGACACCACCACAGAUGAAACCUCCAAAUACAAGCCAGCAAUAUCAGUCACCGCCUCCACAGACAAUUCAGCAACAGCAGACACAACCGUCCCAGUCAGGUAGUCAACAACCUCCACAGACCGUAAAGAAUCAAAAGAUGCCGUCUUCGCAAGAAAGUAUGCAACGGAUACUGUCCCAACAAAUAGGGCAGCAAAUAAAACCUCAAAGUAGAGGCCAACAAAAUCAGUCGCAGUCUGCACAGACAAGCCGCCAACAAUCUUCACCGACCGUUCAGCAUCAACAAACGCAACCUUCACAGACAGUCAAUCAGGUAUUUGAAGCAAUAAUACCCUCUUCUCAGACAACAGGUCCACAACAGAUGACGUUUAUUAAAACCGGUAGCAAACAGAUGUUGCCCCAACAGACACCACCACAGAUGAAACCUCCAAAUACAAGCCAGCAAUAUCAGUCACCGCCUCCACAGACAAUUCAGCAACAGCAGACACAACCGUCCCAGUCAGGUAGUCAACAACCUCCACAGACCGUAAAGAAUCAACAGAUGCCGUCUUCGCAAGAAAGUAUGCAACGGAUACUGUCCCAACAAAUAGGGCAGCAAAUAAAACCUCAAAGUAGAGGCCAACAAAAUCAGUCGCAGUCUGCACAGACAAGCCGCCAACAAUCUUCACCGACCGUUCAGCAUCAACAAAUGCAGCCUCCACAGACAGGUCUGCAACAAAUGUCGUCUACUCUAGCUGGUAGCCAACAAACAGUACAGCAGGUACAACCUCAAAGUAUAGGCCAAAAAUACCAGUCGCAGUCUCCGCAGACAAGUCAGCAACAAACUACACCGACUGUUCAGCAUCAACAAAUGCAGCCUCCGCAGAAAGGUCGUCAACAAACGCAACCUCCGCUGAAAGUAUUGCAAACAGGUCAAACACUGAUACAGCUUCCGAAGACAGCUCCGCAAAAGACGGCGUCUACUAAAACCAGUAACCAACAUACGCUGCCCAAACAGAUAGCACAACAUAUACAACCUCCAACUACAGGCCAACAAUUUCAGUCUCAACCUCCACAGACAGUUCAGCAACAACAGACACAACCUUCGCAGACAGGUUUCCAACAAUCUUCUCAGGCAGUUCAGAAACAACAGAUGUCACCGUCCACCGCAAAUCAACAUCAGCAGCUACCGUCUUCGCAGGGUGUCCAGCAACCAAAUCGGCAGUCUCACAAUACAAGUCAUCCAUCUCAGUCGCAACGUCCACAAACAUUUCAGCAACAACAACCUCCACAGAUAAUUCGCCCACAAACGUCACAGUCUCCCCAAUCACCUAAAAAACAACAAGUGUCAUCUACCACUACAAAUAAUCAACAGGCAGGGCAACAAGUGCAGUCUACACAUACAGGUCAACAACAUCAGUCAGUUCAACAACACCAGCAACAAAUACAGCCUUCCAUUAUAUAUCAACAACAGAUAAACACUGGACAAAAACAACUGCAGUUGCCUUCUCAAACACUUCAACCGUUACAUUCUCCACACCAGCCGAAGUCUUCGACCCUAGGAAAACAGCAGACGCAGUCCCCAAAUACCAAUGAAGCACCAUUGUUGGCAGCUUUCAUUGUAAACACAAAGGCGAUACAAGUCCAACAAACAAUGCAACAAGAAGUGCAGGCUUCCCAAACAGGCCAACAGCACACGCAGCCAAUACAGGCAGGACAACAACAGAAAACGCCCUCACCUAUAAACAUACAACAUCAGCAAGGUGGUCAGCAGCAACAGCAUUUAAUUGUUAAUCAUAAUCAGAUUCAACCUACACAGAUAAAGACAUCUACCAUCAACCAACAAGAGAUGCCACCUUACCAGACACUUCAACAUCCUGAACUACAGUUUUUUCAGGCAGGCCAACAACAGGUACAGUCCUCCAUUACAAGCAAAACACACCAGUCGCCGUCUGCACAAAUUGGUCAACCCCAGCAGCUGAAACUCUCACCAACGGGUCAACUUAAACGACAGCAGACAAACUCUCCAAUUACAAACAUUAUUCAUCAAUCGCAGUCGCCACAAACCAGACAGCAACAUCGAUCGCCAACUUCCGUUAUGAAUAAUAUGCCGUUUCAACAAACAGGCUCAACGCAGGAACUGGUCCAGUCUUCAGUAAUGCAUCAAUUAAACCAGUCACCUCCGCAAAAAGGCAAAGAAAUGAUAAAAUCUACUAUCAACAAAGAACAUCGGCUACCGUCCUCAAAACAACACUACCAGAUUCAACCUCGGCCAUCAGUUCAAAAUAAUCUAAAGCAUCACCAUGAGAUAGUUCAAGCCAAUCAAAUCCCACAAAGAUUACACAACAAUCAGAUAAACCCUCAGCAAACAGUUAAUCUCAAUCAGAUUCAACAUCCAAAUGUUAUUCAAAACCAACCAAUAUAUCUCUCACAAGAAACAUUUAUAAACAGUCAGGCACGACAACCUCUGACAAAGCAGCAACAUCAGUUGAAUCUUGCACCAUCCACUAGAUCUGAAUCACAACUAAACUUAAUUCCGAAUCAAUCUCAAUCGAAACCAGCACAUGUAUCUGUCCGGGUUGAACCUUCAGACAAACUAUUGAAUUUUCAGUUCGUAGUUAAUCCCGAACCAGGACAACAGCUACCAUAA